AUUUCUUGCAUUUCAUCCAAACUCCAGACAUGAUAACAAACCUCUCCACCACAAGUAACAGCUGGGUUGUCUCAUCAGCGCCCAAAGCUUCGCUCCGGCUCCCACUGAGACCUGAAGCGCAAAGCCCGUUCGCCAGCGUCUCCCCCCGGGCAGGGGGCGGGCAGCGGGGCCGGGCCAUGAACUGCAGCGCUGCGGGGCGGCUGCCCGCGCUGCUCAGCGCGCUGCUGCGGGAGCUGCGCCGACACGGCAACGCCAGCGCGGCCGGGGCCGCGUCGGGGCCCGGGGCUGACGCCUCGCUGUACAUCCUGCUGAUCAUGAUCUUCUACGGCUGCCUGGCCGGGGGGCUCAUCCUGGCCUACACCCGCUCGCGGAAGCUGGAGUCCAAGCACGAUCCCUACCACCUCUACAUCGAGCGGGACUGGGGCCGCGGUGGCCCGGGACAAGCGGCCGAGGAGGGCGGCUCCGCCGAGGGCCAGCGGCCGAUGUGAGCGGGUCUGGAGGGUGUCCCGGCUGCUGCCGCCCCCCCAGAGCAGCUCAGCUCUCUCCGGGCCCCGCACGGCGGACGAUGGGCAGCGGGGGCGGCUGCUGCCACGGCGGGGGCUGCUUCAGCGAGCAGGGACAGGGAAGAGAUGGUUCUGUGCAUCAGCUCGUACAGCGCUCAAGCCUUGUCUGCAGCAACGACUGUUCUUUAACUCUCUGGAUUGAUUUGUAUUGCUUUCUACAAUAAACACCU